ACCAAAUUUAGCGCGGAAGUGUUGCCCUCGUCUAAAGGAAGAAGCAUAGAAAAAAAAUAUAAAAUGGACGGACCAUUUUCACAAAAUGAGGAUAACGAGGUGAAUAGUUGGAUUAAAUUUGGCAUGCGACUGGGCGUAAGUGCUGCCCUGCAUCCAUUUGAGUACUCCAAGACGCUAAUUCAGCUGGGAUAUGAGCCGAUUGCAGCCAUUCCCGGCAAGUCGUGGUCGGGCAAACCAAUCAUGAAGCUGCCGAACAUUUUCCAAUACACCGGUCACAUCAAGAGGAUUGAUGGGUUCUAUGGUUGCUAUCGCGGCCUGGCACCUAAGUUGGUCGGAUCCGUCGUGGCGAUGGUGGUGAGCGAGCGAGUGGCCGACAAACUGGGACUGAUCCAGUUGGAGGAGAACAAGGAGGACACUGAUCUGUCGGAGGAAGACGAGUAUGCUCAGUUCAAGCAGACACUGAAGCGUGAUAUUGUCGUGACUGUGAGCGGAAUUAUUGCUUCGCAUCCAUUCCACGUGAUCUCGGUGCGGAUGAUGGCCCAGUUUAUUGGACGCGAGACUCUCUAUCGAUCCAUAGCCGGUUCGAUUGUGGAGAUCUGGAAGACUGAGGGAAUUUCUGGCUUUUUUGCUGGUGUGGUGCCCAAGCUUUUGGCCGAUGUGGCCUGUCUGGUACUCAGCAGCUCCGCAAUCUAUAUUGUAAACAAAUUCUUCAUCAAGGACAAAAUGGCCAGGCAGUACAACGGUGCGCUCAUGCAGUUCAGCUGCUCUAGUCUGCUGUAUCCUUUGCUGGUGGUAUCCACAUGCUCUACUGUGAGUGGCUCGCGUCUGAUGGCUGGCCAACCGCCCAUCAUGCCCGCCUACGCUAACUGGGUGGACUGCUGGAACGAUCUGCAGGCACGAAAGGAGCUUAAGCGUGGCGGUUCGCUCAUUUGGCGCACUCAAAUCAGACGUACUCCCCGCAUUUCCGAUGGCUUUGUGCCCUUGCCCUCGCUGGCUCGCUACCAAUAAACAGCACAGCACACAUAAUGACCAUACGAUGAGAACAGGCUCUGGAGUCCCAUCCCCAUCAACUGCCAAACACGCCUAGCGGUGUUUGCCUUUGCAUUUUAAUGGAACCACGAUGAUGAUGAAGUCCAUCCGAAGACAUCCGCAUUUGUUUUACUGCGACAAACCCAAUUAUACAUCUAAAUAUGUGGAA